AUGCAAUGUCCAGAUUGCAGCUAUGGAUUUUCGCUUAGCUUCCAUCUCUUCUCCCUGAUUGCUCUCACCUGCACGAAACCUGUGAAAUUUGCAGAUUGUGGCUCUGCUGUUGGUAAGGUGGUGAUUGUGGACAUCCAACCUUGUCAGCUCCAUAAAGGACAGGCCUAUGCUGUCAAUGUGACAUUCCCGAGUGGCGCAGUGCUCAAGCUGGUUGUUGAAUGGGAACUGAGAGAUGACACUGGCAAAGACUUGUUCUGCAUAAGGUUCCCAGUCCAGAUAGUAAGCUGA